AUUUAUAAUUUGGAUUUCCCACAGCCUACCUUUCCCACCAUGCUUGUGGUCACCCUUCCUAGUAUGAUGUGGUUCAGGGUCAAGUUUUGCUGGUUAAUGCUUUGGGUAAUGGCAAAUGCAAGAGAUAGAUUUUUGUUGGCUCUGAAUGCCCUUUCUCGACUGGAUCCGUAUAUCUGAUAUACAAUGGAAAUAUCUGGGGCGGGGGAAUUGACACUGGCUAACGAUUGAAGUUGCAGGUAAAUGAAAGUGCCCUGUUCACUGGGUUAGCCCGGCCGUGUCCAUUGAACUGCCUGAACUUUGCAGGUCAGUGCUCGGAGUGUUUUCUCUGACGUUAGAGUUCGGGCUCCACCCUCUCUUUAAUUCAACUUUCUUCCUUCUGGCAGUCCAGGUCAGUGUUUUAACUGCACCCCCCGUCAACAUUAUGGGUUUCGACUGCGCGUUUGACGCCAGCAAGGUGAAGUGUGUUCUUUUGUAAAAGGGGAGUUGGUGAACAGUUCGGCGCAGAGUCUCGACUGCUGGAAGAGGGGGGCAAGAAAAGUUUCACUGGAAACUGCUGUAGUUUCCUGGAUCCGGGAUGGAGCCAACUCGGCGGAAUGCAGUGCUGUUGCUACUGGGCAGUACCUUCCUGUUUCAGGGCAUCCUCGCCACUGAAUCUUCUCUCAAGCCUGGAGAUAUCGUGGUGAUAAGCGUAACCAAUGUUUCCAUCUCUCUGGCCUGGGGACCUGCAGACAUGAAUGGCAUCCAGUAUAAUUUCAGCAUUAUCUACAAUUCUUCUGAUACAAGUGGAAACAAAACAGCAGUGUCAAACUUCACAACAAUAACUGAUUUACUUCCUGGAACCAAUUACACUAUUGCUGUAGCAACUAUUAUUGUUAAUGGCACAAGAAGUGAUCCUGUGGUUAGAAAUGUGUUUACAAAACCAAAUGCUGUGACCAAUGCAACCCUUGUCAACCGCAACACAACUUCAAUUACCCUGAGAUGGAACCGCCAGUCAGAUUAUAAGGCUGAGUACAGAUAUAAGGUGGAGACAAUUGGAGAUCCAUCUUCAAAUAGCACUGUUAAUGAUGAGUCUACUACAGUGGUGGAUCUGAACCCUGGGACAAAAUACACGUUCAGAGUGUUGACACUGACAGGAGAUGAUACAGCAUCUGAACCGGUCACAGUUUCUUUUACAACAGUUCCAAAAGCCGUGACUGAUGUAAUCCAUGUCAAUCACAACACCACUUCAAUUACUCUGGGAUGGAACCGCCAGUCAGACUAUAAGGCUGAGUACAGAUAUAAGGUGGAGACAAUCGGAGAUCCAUCUUCAAACAGCACUGUUACUGAUGAGUCUGUUACAGUGGUGGAUCUCAGCCCUGGAACAAAAUACACAUUCAGUGUGUUCACACUGGUGGCAGAUGGUACAUCAUCAGGUCCAGUCACAGUAUCUUUUAUGACAGCACCAAAUGCCGUGACUAAUGUAACCCUUGUGAACCGGAACACCACUUCAGUAACUCUGAAAUGGAACCGCCAGUCAGACUAUAAGGCUGAGUACAGAUAUAAGGUGGAGACGAUUGGAGAUCCAUCUUCAAAUAGCACUGUUAUUGAUGAGUCUGUUACAGUGGUGGAUCUGAACUCUGGGACCAAUUACACGUUCAACGUGUUCACACUGGUGACUGAUGGUACAGCAUCAGAUCCGGUUACAUUGUCUUUUACAACAGUACCAAAUGCCGUGACUAAUGUAACCCUUGUGAGUCGCAACACCACUUCAAUUACUCUGAGAUGGAACCGCCAGUCAGAUUAUAAGGCUGAGUACAGAUAUAAGGUGGAGACAAUUGGAGAUCCAUCUUCAAAUACCACUGUAAAUGAUGAGUCUAUUACAGUGGUGGGUCUGAAUCCUGGGACAAAAUACACGUUCAGAGUGUUGACACUGGCGGGAGAUGGUACAGCAUCAGAUCCGGUUACAGUUUCUUUUACGACAGUUCCAAAUGCCGUGACCAACAUAACCCUCGUCAACCGCAACACCACCUCAAUUACUCUGAGAUGGGACAGCCAAGCAGACUACAAGGCUGAGUACAGAUAUAAGGUGAAGUCAUUUGGAAAUCCAUCUUCAAAUAAUAGUGUUACUGAUGAGUCUAUUACAGUGGUGGAUCUGAGCCCUGGGACCAAUUACACAUUCAGCGUGCUCACACUGGCGGCAGAUGGUACAGCAUCAGAUCCGGUUACAGUUUAUUUUACAACAGUACCAAAUGCUGUGACUAAUGUAACCCUUGUGAGUCGCAACGCCACUUCAAUCACUCUGAGAUGGAACCGCCAGUCAGACUAUAAAGCUGAGUACAGAUAUAAGGUGGAGACAAUUGGAGAUCCACCUUCAAAUAGCACUGUUAAUGAUGAGUCUACUGCAGUAGUGGAUCUGAACCCUGGGACAAAAUACACGUUCAGAGUGUUGACACUGGCGGGAGAUGGUACAGCAUCAGAUCCGGUUACAGUUUCUUUUACAACAGUUCCAAAAGCCGUGACUAAUGUUAUCCGUGUCAAUCGCAACACCACCUCAAUUACUCUGGAAUGGAACCGCCAAGCAGACUAUAAGGCUGAGUACAGAUAUAAGGUGGAGACAAUCGGAGAUCCAUCUUCAAACAGCACUGUUAUUGAUGAGUCUGUUACAGUGGUGGAUCUCAACCCUGGGACAAAAUACACAUUCAGUGUGUUCACACUGGCGGCAGAUGGUACAUCAUCAGGUCCAGUCACAGUAUCUUUUACAACAGGUAAGGAAGCUAUCCAGUUCCUCAAGCAUCCCCAGGACAUCAGCGGAGAAGUGGCCCAUUACAGAAGAACCACCCUGUUGGACCUCUGA